AGAUAUUUUAGUAAUCCGUACUUGGUAUAUGAUAUUACCGAAUAGCCAUCGAACGCGAAUAGAGUAGCGUUAUUCAGGAGAUGCGCAAUCUUUGCUAUCUUAUAGCUACUACCCAAUUCCUUAUCCUCCAUGUGGUAGCUAACCUCGACCUUAACGACCUAGAUCUCCCUUCCGCUUUAAAAGAUGAAGAAAGCGACCUUGCAGUAAGAGUAAAGAGAGAGUUCCUCUCUCAAGAAAAGAGAUCGUUAGGUGAACAUGAGUGCAGAAGCAGAGUAGAAGAGCUGGAGGUAGUCAAGAAGUCAUCAGAUCAUACGCGGCAAGUAAGAGCCCUCAGGGUUGCUCGUUGUGCUGAUCAAGAUGGCUCCGGUGACGGUGCCUGCGGCAGACUCAAGAGGUCCGAAGAGAGUAAGGAGCUAGAAUAUGUCCGUGUAGUACGUGACGUAGUCGGCUGCUGCCCCGGAUGGAACAAAAACGCAGACGGCCUGUGCAAAACCCCCAUCUGCGAAGAGGGUUGCGGUGAAGGUACCUGCAAUUCUCCAAACGAGUGCGCCUGUAACGAGGGCUACACUGGUAACCGCUGUGAGACCAAGAUUGUUCAAGUUCUGACACUGGAACAGAGGCUGAAAGCUGAAGUGCUGGCUGCUGAAAAGAGGUUCCAACCAAUUGCAGAGGGUGGUAUGUCAAUGACUAAGAGAGACACAUACCUCCUGCCCGAGUGUAAUGCUAAGACCGAGGGUGACGUCAUGCUGGUUGGCUGCCGAUCUUGUGAAUGCAAGGACGCAAGCUGGCAGUGCGAUGCUAUCAACUGCGAUGCCCAGUGUUCCGUAGUCGGAAAUGGUCACUACAACAGUUUUGACAAGCGAGCAUUCACCUACCCAGAUAUUGACUGUGGUCACACCCUCGCCAGGGAGUGCUCCACAGAACAGAAGUGGAAAGUUACUGGAUACACCAAAGCUGACUCCGCUGAACUGAAGGCUAUCACCCUGACAAUGGUCGGAUUCGAGGUGUCAGUAGACGCUGAUCUCCAGGUUUUCCUGGACAGAGAAGCAGUCUCUCUCCCCAAGACCCACGCUGGACUCACCAUCAAGAUGGCUGGUUUCUUUGUUGUCAUGACUGACAGUACUUUCAGCAUCAGGUUCAACGGUGCCGGACAGUUCUACCUUGACGUAUCAAGCGAGUACUCUAAGGGUCUGUGUGGUAUGUGUGGUGACUACAACGACGAUCCCGGCAACGACUUCCAGGACACCUUCGGAGGUCUCAAGGACACAGUUGAAGCGUUCGGUAAGACUUGGAGACAAGGAAACUGCCCGGACAAGGUACAGUUCUCAGACAACUGUGGCAACAACCCAGCCAUGCUCAAACUUGCCCAGGACGCCUGUUCUCCAAUCAAGAACAGCCAGGAGUGUGUUGAUGAUGGCGACCAGUUCUUCAACCUUUGUGUAGCAGACUUCUGUGACGACCCAACUACAACCAACACUCCUUGCAACACCCUGUCGGCUUUCUUCCACGAGUGUGCCGCCACCCAGGCUAUCUUCAUUGAUGACUGGAAGACAGGAAGUGACUGCGAGGCUGUACCUGAAAAGUGUGCUGCUGGUUUCCAGUACAGCACCUGUGCUAGUGCCUGUCAGCUGACAUGUAGCAACUACAUCAUGACGUCAGAAACCUGCGGGCUACCUUGUGUAGAAGGUUGCUUCUGUCCCAGUGGCAAGGUGUACGACGCUGCCACAGAAACCUGUGUCGAGGCUCAGCAAUGUUCCUGUGAGUAUGGUGGCCAGUACUACAACGCUGGAGACGCCCUCUCCAAGGACUGCGAGAGCUGCACCUGUGCCGACGGAAAGUGGGAAUGCUCCCAGAAGGAAGACUGUACUGACGUCUGUUACGCUAAUGGUUUCGGAAACAUGUGGACCUUUGACGACACCGAGUACAACUUCUACGGAGCUUGUCAGUACACAAUGGUUGAGAACUGUCCAUCAAACGACCCCACAUCACCUGCUGCUGGCAGCAAGGUCAAGGUCUCCUCAUCUCGAUCUCUCACUGGCUGCACUGAAGAUGCCUUCUGUUACCGUAAAGUCAUAGUAAGAGUCAUGGACUGGACAAUCGAAUCAAUUGAUGACAACAUGGUCAAGAUCAGCCAUCCAACCUUCCGAACCGGAGUUGGAAACAUGGCUCUGCCUUACAUGUCCGAUACAUUCGAUGUCCUGAGAUACUCAAGCAUGAUAAUCCGACUGAAUGUGAAGAUAACAGGAUACUCAGGACUGAGUGUGAUCUGGGAUAACGAGCAACUUGUUCAGAUCAUCGCACCAGGAGCUCUCAAGAACGCAUUGUGCGGUCUUUGCGGUACUUUCAACGACAGAGCUGCUGAUGAUUUCGUGCCCAAGAACAGCAAAGUGUACGAGGAUGAUUCCAACAUCUUCGCACUCUCAUGGCAGGAAGACAAAGGAACAUGUGACGACAGUGACAACACUCUGCCCAUCAACCAGUCACCUUGUGACCGUAACCCAAUCGGAAUGGUCCUUGCCGAGGAGAACUGCAACGUCCUGAAAACAAGUCCCCACUUCACCAAGUGCCACUCUGCUGUGGAUGUUGGACCCUACUACUCCAAGUGUGUCCAGGACAUGUGUCACUGUCCCGGUACCCCUAAUCCUAACCCAGAGGUGUGCAUGUGUGAAGCUCUUGCUAACUACGCCAGACAGUGUGCUCUCAAGAGUGUUUACAUUGACUGGAGGACACCCAACCUUUGCCCUGCCGACUGCUCAGCUGGACAAUCCUACGCUGCUUGCGGUAAUGCCUGUAUCCACACCUGUGCUGAUCUGUCUUCAGACAUUGACUGCACCAGAGACUGUGUCGAAGGCUGCAGUUGCCCUGAUGGCCAGAUCCUUGAUAAGACCGACGGAGAGUGUAUCCCAGUGGAGCAAUGUUCCUGUCACGAUGAUAAGGGAGUUGAGUACCAGCCCGGCGACAUUAUCCCCGACGACUGCAACAACUGUACCUGUACCAACGGUGUCUUCGUCUGCACUGAAGAAACUUGCCCUGGAGUUGACGUAAUGUGUGAGUUCUACGACUACCAGUACACGCAAGGGCAGUACAUCAUGAACGAGUGCAACAGAUGUACAUGUACCUCCAACGGCUGGAAGUGUGAAGAUAACGACUGUCCAGGAGAGUGCCUGGCUUAUGGUGACCCUCAUUACCUGACAUACGACGGACAGUUCUACGAGUUCCAGGGCGAGUGUGAGUACACACUCUCCGAGUCAGACAGAUGGAGCGUAACUGUAGAGAACGUACCUUGUGGCAGCACUGGUGUAACUUGUGCCAAGUCUGUUAUUGUCAACAUCGACGGUGACAUUAUCAAGCUCAUGAAGGACGGACAAGUAGAGACCAACGGAAAGACGUUCAACUGGCCUGGAAUCUUCAGAGGCAAAAAUCACGAUGAGGAUAUCAUGAUCGAUGAGAUCGGUUUCUUCAUUAUGGUGGCGUCUCCAAUCGGUCUCAGGGUUAUGUGGAACGGAGCUACUCACGUCCAUAUCAAGAUCCAACCACAAUGGCAAGGACAAGUGCGAGGUCUUUGCGGUAAUUUCAACGGAAAACCUGGCGACGAUUACCAGACUCCAUCUGGAAUCACCGUGUCAUCCCCCUACGCAUUCGGUAACUCGUGGAAGGAAAGGCAGGAUUGUCCCGAUGCUGUAUACAACCCAGAGGGACCUUGUUCUGUCCAUGAAGUAAGAGCCGACUACGCUAAGACCAUGUGCAGCAUCCUUGCUGAUGAGUCCAUAUUCGGAGCUUGUCACAGGUUUGUACCUUAUGAAGAGUACCAGGCAGCCUGUGAGUACGAUGUCUGUGGUUGUGAUAUGGGUGGCGAUUGUCUCUGUUAUUGUGAAGCUAUCUACGCUUACGUCAAGCUGUGUAUGAACAACAAUGUCGUCAUCAACUGGAGAGUGAAGAUGCCCGAAUGCCAGGUUAUGUGCGAGUGGCCAAAGGAGUACAUCCCCGCUGCACCCGCCUGUCACGACAUCUGUGGAGAAAAGACUUGCAAAAACUACACAACCAACGAGGCUUUCGAGACUUGCGAGUGUCCUCCUGGCACAGUUCCUCCAGACUGUAAGGUCUUGGAGUGCUCUUCGUCCACUUCGACAACAAGUCCAACAACUCCAACCCCAACCACUUCAUACUCAACGAGUUCAACUGAGAGUUAUUCAACAAGCUCCACUGUGACCACGUCUUCUUCGUCUUCAACGUCGAGAAUCACUACUACGCCGUCAACUUUCACACCAACAUCAGUGACGUCGACUUCCAGUCCGACAACAUCAAGUUCAUCAUACUCGACGUCCUCGCCAAGUACAACACCAACAGAAUCCUCUACAUCUCACACUUCCACAACAUCAACCACCUCCACAAGCUCCACGUCAACAACAUCAAUGUCUUCAACCACUACACGAACUCCUACUCCAUCGAUUUCAACAACAUCAUCAUCAACCACAACACCCUCUAGCUCGUCCAGUACAACAACUCCAUCAAGCUCCUCGAGUACGACAUCAUCUUCAACAACAACCCCAUCAAGUUCUUCAAGUACAACAUCAUCAUCAACAACAACCCCAUCAAGCUCAUCUAGCACAACAUCAUCUUCAACAACUACACCUUCAAGCUCCUCAAGUACAACAUCAUCAUCAACAACAACUCCAUCAAGCUCCUCCAGCACAACAACACCUUCUAGCUCAUCUAGCACUACAUCAUCAUCAACAACAACACCAUCAAGCUCCUCAAGUACAACAACGCCAUCAAGCUCAUCUAGCACAACAUCAUCAUCAACAACAACUCCAUCAAGCUCAUCAAGCACAACAACACCAUCGAGUUCAUCAAGCACAACAUCUUCAUCUACAACAACCCCAUCAAGCUCCUCUAGUACAACAACACCAUCAAGCUCAUCUAGCACAACAUCAUCAUCAACAACUACACCUUCAAGCUCCUCAAGUACAACAACACCAUCAAGUUCUUCAAGCACAACUUCGUCCUCUACAACUACACCUUCAAGCUCGUCUAGCACAACAACACCAUCAAGCUCCUCCAGCACAACAACACCUUCUAGCUCAUCUAGCACUACAUCAUCAUCAACUACAACACCAUCAAGCUCCUCAAGUACAACAACGCCAUCAAGCUCAUCUAGCACAACAUCAUCAUCAACAACUACACCUUCAAGCUCUUCAAGUACAACAUCGUCCUCAACUACAACCCCAUCAAGCUCCUCCAGCACAACAUCAUCAUCAACAACAACUCCAUCAAGCUCAUCAAGCACAACAACACCAUCAAGUUCAUCUAGUACAACUUCAUCAUCAACAACUACACCUUCAAGCUCCUCAAGUACAACAUCAUCAUCAACAACAACCCCAUCAAGCUCCUCCAGUACAACAACACCAUCAAGUUCAUCUAGCACAACAUCAUCAUCAACAACAACCCCAUCAAGCUCGUCAAGUACAACAUCAUCAUCAACAACAACACCAUCAAGCUCGUCAAGCACUACUUCAUCUUCAACAACAACACCAUCAAGCUCAUCUUCAACAACAACCCCAUCAAGAACAACACCAUCAAGCUCCUCCAGCACAACAACACCUUCUAGCUCAUCUAGCACUACAUCAUCAUCAACUACAACACCAUCAAGCUCCUCCAGUACAACAACACCAUCAAGCUCCUCAAGUACAACAUCAUCAUCAACAACAACUCCAUCAAGCUCAUCAAGCACAACAACCCCAUCAAGUUCAUCAAGCACAACAACACCAUCAAGUUCUUCAAGCACAACUUCAUCCUCUACAACUACACCUUCAAGCUCGUCUAGCACAACAACACCUUCUAGCUCAUCUAGCACUACAUCAUCAUCAACUACAACACCAUCAAGCUCCUCAAGUACAACAACACCAUCAAGCUCAUCUAGCACAACAUCAUCAUCAACAACUACACCUUCAAGCUCUUCAAGUACAACAUCGUCCUCAACUACAACCCCAUCAAGCUCCUCCAGCACAACAUCAUCAUCAACAACAACUCCAUCAAGCUCAUCAAGCACAACAACACCAUCAAGUUCAUCUAGUACAACUUCAUCAUCAACAACUACACCUUCAAGCUCCUCAAGUACAACAUCAUCAUCAACAACAACCCCAUCAAGCUCCUCCAGUACAACAACACCAUCAAGUUCAUCUAGCACAACAUCAUCAUCAACAACAACCCCAUCAAGCUCGUCAAGUACAACAUCAUCAUCAACAACAACACCAUCAAGCUCGUCAAGCACUACUUCAUCUUCAACAACAACACCAUCAAGCUCAUCUUCAACAACAACCCCAUCAAGCUCGUCAAGUACAACUUCAUCUUCAACAACAACACCAUCAAGCUCAUCAAGUACAACUUCAUCUUCAACAACAACCCCAUCAAGCUCAUCAAGUACAACUUCAUCUUCGACAACAACACCAUCAAGCUCAUCGAGCACUACUUCAUCUUCAACAACAACACCAUCAAGCUCAUCGAGCACAACGACCCCGUCAAGCUCAUCGAGUACAACAUCGUCCUCAACCACAACCCCAUCAAGCUCAUCAAGUACAACUUCGUCUUCUACAACUACACCAUCAAGCUCAUCAAGCACAACAACCCCGUCAAGCUCAUCGAGUACAACAUCGUCCUCAACCACAACCCCAUCGAGCUCAUCGAGCACAACAACCCCAUCAAGCUCAUCAAGUACAACUUCGUCUUCUACAACUACACCAUCAAGCUCAUCGAGCACAACAACCCCAUCAAGCUCAUCUAGUACAACAUCGUCCUCGACCACAACUCCAUCAAGCUCUUCAAGCACAACUUCAUCGUCAACAACAACCCCAUCAAGCUCUUCGAGUACCUCUUCAUCUUCUAUAACAUCCACUCCUAAUGAAACACCCACACCAACAUCAACAUCAUCAACAAGUUCACCUAGUACAACACCAACAGAAUCUUCUACAUCUCAAACAUCUACCACCUCAACAACAUCAACAAGUUCUUCUUCCACCACUUCACAGUCUUCGACAACCACGAGAACACCAACACCUUCAAUCUCAACAACAUCGUCUAGCACAUCGACAUCAUCUUCAACCACAACUCCAUCAAGCUCUUCAAGCACAACAACCCCAUCAAGUUCAUCAAGUACAACAUCAUCCUCGACAACUACACCUUCAAGCUCAUCAAGUACAACAUCAUCAUCAACAACCACGCCAUCAAGCUCCUCAAGCACAACAACACCUUCCAGUUCAUCAAGUACAACUUCAUCUUCAACAACAACUCCAUCUAGCUCAUCAAGCACAACAACUCCAUCAAGCUCAUCGAGCACAACAACUCCAUCAAGCUCAUCAAGCACAACAACACCUUCCAGUUCAUCAAGUACAACUUCAUCUUCAACAACAACUCCAUCUAGCUCAUCAAGCACAACAACCCCAUCAAGCUCAUCAAGCACAACAUCAUCCUCUACAACAACUCCAUCAAGCUCUUCGAGCACAACAACCCCAUCAAGCUCGUCAAGUACAACAUCGUCUUCAACAACAACUCCAUCAAGUUCAUCGAGCACAACAACUCCAUCAAGCUCAUCAAGCACAACAUCUUCUUCUACAACAACUCCAUCGAGCUCAUCGAGCACAACAACACCUUCAAGCUCAUCAAGCACAACAUCUUCUUCUACAACAACUCCAUCGAGCUCAUCGAGCACAACAACACCUUCAAGCUCAUCAAGCACAACAUCUUCAUCUACAACAACUCCAUCGAGCUCAUCAAGCACAACCAGUUCGUCAACGACAACACCAUCAAGCUCAUCAAACACAACUAGUUCGUCAACGACAACUCCUUCAAGCUCAUCAAGUACAACAACCCCGUCAAGCUCAUCAAGCACAACAACCCCAUCAAGCUCAUCAAGCACAACAUCGUCCUCUACAACAACUCCAUCAAGCUCAUCAAGCACAACAUCGUCCUCAACCACAACUCCAUCAAGCUCUUCGAGCACAACUACCCCAUCAAGCUCAUCAAGCACAACAUCAUCUUCAACAACAACACCAUCAAGCUCAUCAAGCACAACAACCCCGUCAAGCUCAUCAAGCACAACAUCGUCCUCUACAACAACUCCAUCAAGCUCUUCGAGCACAACUACCCCAUCAAGCUCAUCAAGCACAACAUCGUCUUCGACAACAACUCCAUCCAGUUCAUCGAGCACAACAACUCCAUCAAGCUCAUCAAGCACAACAUCUUCCUCCACAACAACUCCAUCAAGCUCAUCGAGCACAACAACCCCAUCAAGCUCAUCUAGCACAACUUCAUCUUCAACAACAACACCAUCAAGCUCAUCAAGCACCACAUCGUCCUCUACAACAACUCCAUCAAGCUCAUCAAGCACAACAUCGUCCUCAACCACAACUCCAUCAAGCUCUUCGAGCACAACUACACCAUCAAGUUCAUCUAGCACAACAUCUUCCUCCACAACAACCCCGUCAAGCUCAUCGAGCACAACAACCCCAUCAAGCUCAUCUAGCACAACUUCAUCUUCAACAACAACACCAUCAAGCUCAUCAAGCACCACAUCGUCCUCUACAACAUCUCCAUCAAGCUCUUCGAGCACAACUACACCAUCAAGCUCAUCUAGCACAACAUCUUCGUCAACAACAACUCCAUCAAGCUCGUCAAGCACAACAACUCCAUCAAGUUCAUCAAGCACAACAUCUUCCUCCACAACAACUCCAUCAAGCUCAUCGAGCACAACAACCCCAUCAAGCUCAUCAAGUACAACUUCAUCGUCAACAACCACACCAUCAAGCUCUUCAAGCACAACAUCGUCCUCAACCACAACUCCAUCAAGCUCUUCGAGCACAACAACCCCAUCAAGCUCAUCAAGCACAACUUCAUCUUCAACAACAACUCCAUCAAGCUCAUCAAGCACAACAACCCCGUCAAGCUCAUCAAGCACAACAACACCGUCAAGCUCAUCAAGCACAACAUCGUCCUCUACAACAACUCCAUCAAGCUCAUCAAGCACAACAUCGUCCUCAACCACAACUCCAUCAAGCUCUUCGAGCACAACUACCCCAUCAAGCUCAUCAAGCACAACAUCUUCCUCUACAACAACUCCAUCAAGCUCAUCAAGCACAACAACCCCAUCAAGCUCAUCAAGCACAACUAGUUCGUCUACGACAACUCCAUCAAGCUCAUCAAGCACAACAUCAUCUUCAACAACAACACCAUCAAGCUCAUCAAGCACAACAACCCCGUCAAGCUCAUCAAGCACAACAUCAUCUUCAACAACAACACCAUCAAGCUCAUCAAGCACAACAACCCCAUCAAGCUCAUCAAGUACAACUUCAUCUUCAACAACCACACCAUCAAGCUCUUCAAGCACAACAUCGUCCUCAACCACAACUCCAUCAAGCUCUUCGAGCACAACAACCCCAUCAAGCUCAUCAAGCACAACUACAUCUUCAACAACAACACCAUCAAGCUCAUCAAGCACAACAACCCCGUCAAGCUCAUCAAGCACAACAUCGUCCUCUACAACAACUCCAUCAAGCUCUUCGAGCACAACUACCCCAUCAAGCUCAUCAAGCACAACAUCGUCUUCGACAACAACUCCAUCCAGUUCAUCGAGCACAACAACUCCAUCAAGCUCAUCAAGCACAACAUCUUCCUCCACAACAACUCCAUCAAGCUCAUCGAGCACAACAACCCCAUCAAGCUCAUCUAGCACAACUUCAUCUUCAACAACAACACCAUCAAGCUCAUCAAGCACCACAUCGUCCUCUACAACAACUCCAUCAAGCUCAUCAAGCACAACAUCGUCCUCAACCAUAACUCCAUCAAGCUCUUCGAGCACAACUACACCAUCAAGCUCAUCUAGCACAACAUCUUCGUCAACAACAACUCCAUCAAGCUCAUCAAGCACAACAUCAUCCUCAACCACAACUCCAUCAAGCUCUUCGAGCACAACUACACCAUCAAGCUCAUCUAGCACAACAUCUUCGUCAACAACAACUCCAUCAAGCUCGUCAAGCACAACAACUCCAUCAAGUUCAUCAAGCACAACAUCGUCCUCAACCACAACUCCAUCAAGCUCUUCGAGCACAACAACCCCAUCAAGCUCAUCAAGCACAACUUCUUCUUCAACAACAACACCAUCAAGCUCAUCAAGCACAACAACCCCGUCAAGCUCAUCAAGCACAACAACCCCGUCAAGCUCAUCAAGCACAACUUCAUCUUCAACAACAACACCAUCAAGCUCAUCAAGCACAACAACCCCAUCAAGCUCAUCAAGUACAACUUCAUCUUCAACAACCACACCAUCAAGCUCUUCAAGCACAACAUCGUCCUCAACCACAACUCCAUCAAGCUCUUCGAGCACAACAACCCCAUCAAGCUCAUCAAGCACAACUUCAUCUUCAACAACAACACCAUCAAGCUCAUCAAGCACAACAACCCCGUCAAGCUCAUCAAGCACAACAUCGUCCUCUACAACAACUCCAUCAAGCUCAUCAAGCACAACAUCGUCCUCAACCACAACUCCAUCAAGCUCUUCGAGCACAACUACCCCAUCAAGCUCAUCAAGCACAACAUCUUCCUCUACAACAACUCCAUCAAGCUCAUCAAGCACAACAACCCCAUCAAGCUCAUCAAGCACAACUAGUUCGUCUACGACAACUCCAUCAAGCUCAUCAAGCACAACUACCCCAUCAAGCUCAUCAAGCACAACAUCAUCUUCAACAACAACACCAUCAAGCUCAUCAAGCACAACAACCCCGUCAAGCUCAUCAAGCACAACCUCAUCUUCAACAACAACACCAUCAAGCUCAUCAAGCACAACAACCCCAUCAAGCUCAUCAAGUACAACUUCAUCUUCAACAACCACACCAUCAAGUUCUUCAAGCACAACAUCGUCCUCAACCACAACUCCAUCAAGCUCUUCGAGCACAACAACCACAUCAAGCUCAUCAAGCACAACUUCAUCUUCAACAACAACACCAUCAAGCUCAUCAAGCACAACAACCCCGUCAAGCUCAUCAAGCACAACAACCCCAUCAAGCUCAUCAAGCACAACAUCGUCCUCUACAACAACUCCAUCAAGCUCAUCAAGCACAACAUCGUCCUCAACCACAACUCCAUCAAGCUCUUCGAGCACAACUACCCCAUCAAGCUCAUCAAGCACAACAUCUUCCUCUACAACAACUCCAUCAAGGUCAUCAAGCACAACAACCCCAUCAAGCUCAUCAAGCACAACUAGUUCGUCUACGACAACUCCAUCAAGCUCAUCAAGCACAACUACCCCAUCAAGCUCAUCAAGCACAACAUCAUCUUCAACAACAACACCAUCAAGCUCAUCAAGCACAACAACCCCGUCAAGCUCAUCAAGCACAACAUCGUCCUCUACAACAACUCCAUCAAGCUCGUCGAGCACAACUACCCCAUCAAGCUCAUCAAGCACAACAUCGUCUUCGACAACAACUCCAUCCAGUUCAUCGAGCACAACAACUCCAUCUAGCUCAUCAAGCACAACAUCUUCCUCCACAACAACUCCAUCAAGCUCAUCGAGCACAACAACCCCAUCAAGCUCAUCUAGCACAACAUCGUCCUCUACAACAACUCCAUCAAGCUCAUCAAGCACAACAUCGUCCUCAACCACAACUCCAUCAAGCUCUUCGAGCACAACUACCCCAUCAAGCUCAUCAAGCACAACAUCGUCCUCUACAACAACUCCGUCAAGCUCAUCAAGCACAACUAGUUCGUCUACGACAACUCCAUCAAGCUCAUCAAGCACAACAACCCCUUCAAGCUCAUCAAGCACAACUUCAUCGUCAACAACAACUCCAUCCAGUUCAUCGAGCACAACAACUCCGUCAAGCUCAUCAAGCACAACAACUCCUUCAAGCUCAUCAAGUACAACUUCAUCUUCAACAACCACACCAUCAAGCUCUUCAAGCACAACAACACCUUCCAGUUCAUCAAGUACAACUUCAUCUUCAACAACAACUCCAUCUAGCUCAUCGAGCACAACAACUCCGUCAAGCUCAUCAAGCACAACAACUCCGUCAAGCUCAUCAAGCACAACAUCGUCCUCUACAACAACUCCAUCAAGCUCAUCAAGCACAACAUCCUCCUCAACAACAACUCCAUCAAGCUCUUCGAGCACAACUACCCCAUCAAGCUCAUCAAGCACAACAUCUUCCUCUACAACAACGCCAUCAAGCUCAUCAAGCACAACAACCCCAUCAAGCUCAUCAAGCACAACUAGUUCGUCUACGACAACUCCAUCAAGCUCAUCAAGCACAACAACUCCAUCAAGCUCAUCAAGCACAACAACUCCGUCAAGCUCAUCUAGCACAACAUCGUCCUCUACAACAACUCCAUCAAGCUCAUCAAGCACAACAACUCCGUCAAGCUCAUCAAGCACAACAUCGUCCUCUACAACAACUCCAUCAAGCUCAUCAAGCACAACAUCCUCCUCAACAACAACUCCAUCAAGCUCUUCGAGCACAACUACCCCAUCAAGCUCAUCAAGCACAACAUCUUCCUCAACCACAACUCCAUCAAGCUCAUCAAGUACAACAACUCCAUCAAGCUCAUCAAGCACAACUAGUUCGUCUACGACAACUCCAUCCAGUUCAUCGAGCACAACAACUCCGUCAAGCUCAUCAAGCACAACUUCGUCUUCAACAACCACACCAUCAAGCUCUUCAAGCACAACAUCGUCCUCAACCACAACUCCAUCAAGCUCUUCGAGCACAACAACCCUAUCAAGCUCAUCAAGCACAACUUCGUCUUCAACCACAACCCCAUCGAGCUCUUCGAGCACAACAACACCGUCAAGCUCAUCAAGCACAACAUCUUCCUCUACAACAACUCCAUCAAGCUCUUCGAGCACAACAACCCCAUCAAGCUCAUCAAGUACAACUUCAUCUUCAACAACCACACCAACAAGCUCUUCAAGCACAACAUCGUCCUCAACCACAACUCCAUCAAGCUCUUCGAGCACAACAACCCCAUCAAGCUCAUCAAGCACAACAUCCUCCUCAACAACAACUCCAUCAAGUUCUUCGAGCACAACUACCCCAUCAAGCUCAUCAAGCACAACAUCUUCCUCAACCACAACUCCAUCAAGCUCUUCGAGCACAACUACCCCAUCAAGCUCAUCAAGCACAACAUCUUCCUCUACAACAACUCCAUCAAGCUCAUCAAGCACAACAACCCCAUCAAGCUCAUCAAGCACAACUAGUUCGUCUACGACAACUCCAUCAAGCUCAUCAAGCACAACAACCCCAUCAAGCUCAUCAAGCACUACAUCUUCUUCAACAACAACUCCAUCCAGUUCAUCGAGCACAACAACUCCGUCAAGCUCUUCAAGCACAACAACUCCAUCGAGUUCAUCAAGCACAACAUCGUCCUCUACAACAACUCCAUCGAGUUCAUCAAGCACAACAUCGUCCUCUACAACAACUCCAUCAAGCUCAUCAAGUACAACUUCUUCUUCAACUACCACGCCAUCAAGUUCUUCAAGCACUUCUUUAUCUUCAAUAACAUCGACUCCUAAUGAAACACCAACACCAACGUCGACUUCAUCAACAUCGUCACCUAGUACAACUCCAACAGAGUCGACUACAUCUCAAACUUCAACCACAUCAUCAACAUCAACCAGUUCUACUUCCACUACGUCACAGUCUUCAACAACUUCUAGAACACCAACACCUUCAGUGUCAACAUCAUCAACUUCAUCUCCAUCUAGCUCAUCUAGCACAACAUCAUCUUCAACAACAACACCUUCGAGCUCCUCAAGUACAACUACACCAUCCAGUUCAUCAAGCACAACUUCUUCUUCUUCGACAACAACACCUUCGAGCUCCUCAAGUACAACAACACCAUCUAGUUCUUCAAGCACAACCUCUUCAUCAACUACCACACCAUCAAGCUCGUCUUCAACUACUUCAUCAUCUACUACAACUCCUUCAAGCUCAUCUAGCACAACUUCAUCAUCGACAACAACUCCAUCCAGUUCAUCAAGCACCACAUCAUCUUCAACAACAACACCAUCUAGCUCCUCAAGCACAACAACACCAUCUAGUUCUUCAAGUACAACCUCUUCAUCAACUACUUCACCAUCAAGCUCGUCUUCAACUACUUCAUCAUCUACUACAACUCCUUCAAGUUCAUCUAGCACAACCUCAUCAUCGACAACAACUCCAUCCAGUUCAUCAAGCACAACAUCAUCUUCAACAACAACACCAUCAAGCUCCUCAAGUACAACAACUCCAUCAAGCUCUUCAAGCACAACAACACCAUCUAGUUCUUCAAGCACAACCUCUUCAUCAACUACCACACCAUCAAGCUCGUCUUCAACUACCUCAUCAUCUACUACAACUCCUUCAAGUUCAUCUAGCACAACUUCAUCAUCGACAACAACUCCAUCCAGUUCAUCAAGCACAACGUCAUCUUCAACAACAACACCUUCAAGCUCCUCAAGUACAACAACCCCAUCCAGUUCAUCAAGCACAACUUCUUCCUCGACAACAACACCUUCGAGCUCAUCAAGCACAACAUCAUCUUCAACAACAACACCAUCAAGCUCCUCAAGUACAACAACACCAUCCAGUUCGUCAAGUACAUCCUAUUCAUCAACUACCACACCAUCAAGCUCGUCUUCAACUACUUCAUCAUCUACUACAACUCCUUCAAGUUCAUCUAGCACAACUUCAUCAUCGACAACAACUCCAUCCAGUUCAUCAAGCACCACAUCAUCUUCAACAACAACACCAUCAAGCUCCUCAAGUACAACAACUCCAUCAAGCUCCUCAAGCACAACAACACCAUCUAGUUCUUCAAGCACAACCUCUUCAUCAACUACCACACCAUCAAGCUCGUCUUCAACUACUUCAUCAUCUACUACAACUCCUUCAAGUUCAUCUAGCACAACCUCAUCAUCGACAACAACACCUUCGAGCUCAUCAAGCACCACAUCAUCUUCAACAACAACACCAUCAAGCUCCUCAAGUACAACAACACCAUCUAGCUCAUCAAGCACCACAUCGUCAUCUACAACAACUCCAUCAAGCUCAUCAAGCACAACAUCAUCUUCAACAACAACACCAUCGAGCUCAUCAAGCACAACUAGUUCUUCAACGACAACUCCAUCAAGUUCAUCGAGCACAACUUCCUCAUCUACAACAACACCAUCAAGCUCAUCAAGUACAACAUCACCUAGUACAACUCCAACAGAGUCGACUACAUCUCAAACUUCAACCACAUCUUCAACAUCAACCAGUUCUACUUCAACUACAUCACAGUCCUCAACAACCUCGAGGACACCAACACCUUCAGUCUCAACAUCUUCAACUACAACACCAUCAAGCUCAUCAAGCACAACAUCGUCAUCAACUACAACACCUUCAAGCUCAUCUUCAACAACAUCAUCAUCAACAACGACACCGUCAAGUUCUUCAAGUACUACAACACCUUCUAGUUCAUCCUCAACAACUUCAUCGUCAACAACAACUCCCUCAAGCUCAUCAAGCACAACCUCAUCUUCAACAACAACACCAUCAAGUUCCUCAAGUACAACAACACCAUCCAGUUCGUCAAGCACAACCUCUUCAUCAACUACCACACCAUCAAGCUCGUCUUCAACUACUUCAUCAUCUACUACAACUCCUUCAAGUUCAUCUAGCACAACUUCAUCAUCGACAACAACUCCAUCCAGUUCAUCAAGCACAACGUCAUCUUCAACAACAACACCUUCAAGUUCCUCAAGUACAACAACACCAUCAAGCUCAUCAAGCACAACAUCGUCAUCAACUACAACACCUUCAAGCUCAUCUUCAACUACAUCAUCAUCAACAACGACACCAUCAAGUUCUUCAAGUACUACAACACCUUCUAGUUCAUCCUCAACAACUUCAUCGUCAACAACAACUCCUUCAAGCUCAUCAAGCACAACGUCAUCUUCAACAACAACACCUUCAAGUUCCUCAAGUACAACAACCCCAUCCAGUUCUUCGAGCACAACUUCUUCCUCAACAACAACACCUUCGAGCUCAUCAAGCACAACAUCAUCUUCAACAACAACACCUUCAAGUUCUUCAAGUACAACAACACCAUCAAGCUCAUCAAGCACAACAUCGUCAUCAACUACAACACCUUCAAGCUCAUCUUCAACUACAUCAUCAUCAACAACGACACCAUCAAGUUCUUCAAGUACUACAACACCUUCUAGUUCAUCCUCAACAACUUCAUCGUCAACAACAACUCCUUCAAGCUCAUCAAGCACAACGUCAUCUUCAACAACAACACCAUCAAGCUCGUCAAGUACAACAACCCCAUCAAGCUCUUCAAGCACAACUUCAUCUUCAACUACCACACCAUCAAGCUCGUCUUCGACUACUUCAUCAUCUACUACAACUCCUUCAAGCUCAUCUAGCACAACUUCAUCAUCGACAACAACUCCAUCCAGUUCAUCAAGCACCACAUCAUCUUCAACAACAACACCAUCAAGCUCCUCGAGCACAACAACACCAUCCAGUUCGUCAAGUACAACCUCUUCAUCAACUACUACACCAUCAAGCUCGUCUUCAACUACUUCAUCAUCUACUACAACUCCUUCAAGUUCAUCUAGCACAACCUCAUCAUCGACAACAACUCCAUCCAGUUCAUCAAGCACAACAUCAUCUUCAACAACAACACCAUCAAGCUCCUCAAGUACAACAACUCCAUCAAGCUCUUCAAGCACAACAACACCAUCUAGUUCUUCAAGCACAACCUCUUCAUCAACUACCACACCAUCAAGCUCGUCUUCAACUACCUCAUCAUCUACUACAACUCCUUCAAGUUCAUCUAGCACAACUUCAUCAUCGACAACAACUCCAUCCAGUUCAUCAAGCACAACGUCAUCUUCAACAACAACACCGUCAAGCUCCUCAAGUACAACAACCCCAUCCAGUUCAUCAAGCACAACUUCUUCCUCGACAACAACACCUUCGAGCUCAUCAAGCACAACAUCAUCUUCAACAACAACACCAUCAAGCUCCUCAAGUACAACAACACCAUCCAGUUCGUCAAGUACAACCUCUUCAUCAACUACCACACCAUCAAGCUCGUCUUCAACUACUUCAUCAUCUACUACAACUCCUUCAAGUUCAUCAAGCACCACAUCAUCUUCAACAACAACACCAUCAAGCUCCUCAAGUACAACAACUCCAUCAAGCUCCUCAAGCACAACAACACCAUCUAGUUCUUCAAGCACAACCUCUUCAUCAACUACCACACCAUCAAGCUCGUCUUCAACUACUUCAUCAUCUACAACAACUCCAUCCAGUUCAUCAAGCACAACAUCAUCAUCGACAACAACACCUUCGAGCUCAUCAAGCACCACCUCAUCUUCAACAACAACACCAUCAAGCUCUUCAAGUACAACAACACCAUCUAGCUCAUCAAGCACCACAUCGUCAUCUACAACAACUCCAUCAAGCUCAUCAAGCACAACCAGUUCUUCAACGACAACUCCAUCAAGUUCAUCAAGCACAACUUCCUCAUCAACAACAACACCAUCUAGCUCAUCAAGCACAACAUCACCUAGUACCACUCCAACAGAGUCGACUACAUCUCAAACUUCAACCACAUCUUCAACAUCAACCAGUUCUACUUCAACUACAUCACAGUCCUCAACAACCUCGAGGACACCAACACCUUCAGUCUCAACAUCUUCAACUACAACACCAUCAAGCUCAUCAAGCACAACAUCGUCAUCAACUACAACACCUUCAAGCUCAUCUUCAACAACAUCAUCAUCAACAACGACACCGUCAAGUUCUUCAAGUACUACAACACCUUCUAGUUCAUCCUCAACAACUUCAUCGUCAACAACAACUCCCUCAAGCUCAUCAAGCACAACCUCAUCUUCAACAACAACACCAUCAAGUUCCUCAAGUACAACAACACCAUCCAGUUCGUCAAGCACAACCUCUUCAUCAACUACCACACCAUCAAGCUCGUCUUCAACUACUUCAUCAUCUACUACAACUCCUUCAAGUUCAUCUAGCACAACUUCAUCAUCGACAACAACUCCAUCCAGUUCAUCAAGCACAACGUCAUCUUCAACAACAACACCUUCAAGUUCCUCAAGUACAACAACACCAUCAAGCUCACCAAGCACAACAUCGUCAUCAACUACAACACCUUCAAGCUCAUCUUCAACUACAUCAUCAUCAACAACGACACCAUCAAGUUCUUCAAGUACUACAACACCUUCUAGUUCAUCCUCAACAACUUCAUCGUCAACAACAACUCCUUCAAGCUCAUCAAGCACAACCUCAUCUUCAACAACAACACCUUCAAGUUCCUCAAGUACAACAACCCCAUCCAGUUCUUCGAGCACAACUUCUUCCUCAACAACAACACCUUCGAGCUCAUCAAGCACAACAUCAUCUUCAACAACAACACCAUCAAGCUCCUCAAGUACAACAACACCAUCCAGUUCGUCAAGUACAACCUCUUCAUCAACUACUACACCAUCAAGCUCGUCUUCAACGACUUCGUCAUCUACUACCACUCCUUCAAGCUCUUCUAGCACAACCUCAUCAUCGACAACAACACCUUCGAGCUCAUCUAGCACCACAUCAUCUUCAACAACAACACCAUCAAGCUCCUCAAGCACAACAACACCAUCUAGUUCUUCAAGCACAACCUCUUCAUCAACUACCACACCAUCAAGCUCGUCUUCAACUACUUCAUCAUCUACAACAACUCCAUCUAGUUCAUCAAGCACAACAUCAUCUUCAACAACUACACCUUCAAGCUCCUCAAGUACAACAACACCAUCCAGUUCAUCAAGUACAACCUCUUCAUCAACUACCACACCAUCAAGUUCAUCUUCAACAACUUCAUCAUCUACUACAACUCCUUCAAGCUCAUCUAGCACAACCUCAUCAUCGACAACAACACCAUCAAGCUCUUCGAGUACAACAACACCAUCAAGCUCAUCAAGCACAACCUCAUCUUCAACAACAACACCAUCGAGCUCAUCUAGCACAACCAGUUCUUCAACGACAACUCCAUCAAGUUCAUCAAGCACAACUUCCUCUUCAACUACAACUCCUUCUAGUUCUUCUUCAACUACUUCCUCAUCUACAACAACACCAUCCAGCUCAUCAAGCACAUCAUCACCUAGUACAACUCCAACUGAGUCGACUACAUCUCAAAGUUCGACCACAUCAUCAUCAUCAACCAGUUCUACUUCAACUACAUCACCGUCCUCAACAACAUCAAGGACACCAACACCUUCAGUCUCCACAUCAUCAACAACAACACCAUCAAGCUCUUCUAGCACAACAACACCAUCAAGCUCAUCAAGCACCACUUCAUCUUCAACAACUACUCCUUCAAGCUCAUCAAGUACAACUUCAUCUUCAACAACAACACCAUCAAGCUCUUCGAGUACAACAACACCAUCAAGUUCAUCAAGCACAACUUCAUCUUCAACAACAACACCAUCAAGCUCUUCGAGUACAACAACACCAUCAAGCUCAUCAAGCACAACUUCAUCAUCAACAACAACACCAUCAAGCUCUUCUAGCACAACAACACCAUCAAGCUCAUCAAGCACCACUUCAUCUUCAACAACUACUCCUUCAAGCUCAUCAAGUACAACUUCAUCUUCAACAACAACACCAUCAAGCUCUUCGAGUACAACAACACCAUCAAGCUCAUCAAGCACAACUUCAUCUUCAACAACAACACCAUCAAGCUCUUCUAGCACAACAUCACCUAGUACAACUCCAACAGAGUCGACUACAUCUCAAACUUCGACCACAUCAUCAACAUCAACCAGUUCUACUUCAACUACAUCACAGUCCUCCACAACCUCAAGGACACCAACACCUUCAGUCUCCACAUCAUCAACAACAACACCAUCAAGCUCUUCUAGCACGACAACACCAUCAAGCUCAUCUAGCACCACCUCAUCUUCAACAACUACUCCUUCAAGCUCAUCAAGUACAACUUCAUCUUCAACAACAACACCAUCAAGCUCUUCGAGUACAACAACACCAUCAAGCUCCUCGAGCACCACCUCAUCUUCAACAACUACUCCUUCAAGCUCAUCAAGUACCACUUCGUCGUCAACAACAACACCAUCAAGCUCGUCGAGCACAACAACGCCAUCCAGUUCAUCAAGCACAACUUCAUCUUCAACAACAACACCAUCAAGCUCUUCCAGCACAACCACGCCAUCCAGUUCAUCAAGCACAACCAGUUCAUCAACGACAACUCCGUCAAGUUCGUCUAGCACAACCACGCCAUCAAGCUCCUCAAGCUCUUCAUCUUCUACAUCACCCCCACCUCAUAAAUGCGUAUCACCUCUUGGCGGUGACAGAGUUGAGAUUAGGACCAAAACCACCACUGUCUACAUGGAAGAUCCUUCUGAUGAAGAUAACUUUAUAACCGAUGAAGUUGUUGUCGGAAAGACAAAGGGAUCUGGUGUCAAGGUCACAUAUGUCACAAUUGACUAUGAUGACAUUAUUGGCAAACAAAAUGACACGCAUGACGUUUGGGUGUACGAAUCCAAUAUCUUCUUGAAGAUUAAAGAAUCAACACAACCUGGCAAGGACUUCAUUCCCCAAGUCACCGAAAUUCACCCUCUUGGAAAACCGAUAGAAUCCAUAGACACAACUAAUUUGGUUGAGAACGAAGACAUCGAGGAAGCAACUGGAGAGUUCAAAGAAAUCGAGACACUCCCCAAGAGUGAUCGACGAACUUACACUGAAUUUACCGACACCAUUCAAAAAUACGUCAAUCCCAGUGGAUCUGUGUUUAACAAGGAGAACAAUGGUAUUGUAUUGGUUAACAAAUACACAGAUGAAGGAGUCAGCCCUAACGAUGACGGUGUAAGCAUCAGGUAUUACGGUGUGGAUGAGGAAGAUGAAGAUGCUCAGCCCCAUAUCGAUGUCUGUUACAAGAUUGUCGAAGUUAAGAGAUGUGAAGAAGGCGAAGAAGAGAUUGUUAUGGUCGUCGAGGAUGUUGUCACCGUUGACAAGGCUAACCCUGAUACCAACUAUGAAGGAGAUGAUCUCGAUAUUGGAAAACCAGACGGUUCUACUGACAGCGAGAAGCGAGUAAUCGUUAAAUUCAAUGUCGAUUCAUUUGAUACAGAAAAAUACGAUUUGAAGGAAAUCACAAGUGCCUGGAUUCAUGUGACCUUCAAAGAUUUCGUAGAGAAUGGAGGUAGAGAUGAGGCAUCAACGGAAAACAAAAUAGUUGUAACAGUGCUGACCACAUUGGAGGAAGGCACAGAUUUGGAUGAAAAGACAGCUACUUGGACUAACACUGGUAUGGACAACGUGGAUACUGACAAUGCUGAUGAGGUCGUCGGAACCGUCGUUAUUCCUCAGGAACAACCAGGAACUACACCAGUUGUGAUUACAAUCACAGACUUUGACGUUGAGAAGAUGAUCACAGAAUUCAAGGGUAUUGUUCUUAGUGGGGUAGAAGAGAAAACAUCCCCUCACCCAAUACCUGAAUUCUUCGGCAAAGGACAAGAAGUGUUCCCUAAGCCAGCUUUCCACGUUUGUGUACCAAAGAUAAUAUCGACCACAUCCAGUUCAUCAAGCACAACCAGUUCAUCAACGACAACUCCAUCAAGUUCCUCUAGCACAACCACGCCAUCAAGCUCAUCAAGCACAACAACCCCAUCAAGUUCGUCUAGCACAACCACGCCAUCAAGUUCCUCAAGCUCUACAACAACACCCCCACCUCAUAAAUGCGUAUCACCUCUUGGCGGUGACAGGGUUGAGAUUAGGACCAAAACCACCACUGUCUACAUGGAAGAUCCUUCUGAUGAAGAUAACUUGUCAACCGAUGAAGUUGUUGUCGGAAAGACAAAGGGAUCUGGUGUCAAGGUCACAUAUGUCACAAUUGACUAUGAUGACAUUAUUGGCAAACAAAAUGACACGCAUGACGUUUGGGUGUACGAAUCCAAUAUCUUCUUGAAGAUUAAAGAAUCAACACAACCUGGCAAGGACUUCAUUCCCCAAGUCACCGAAAUUCACCCUCUUGGAAAACCGAUAGAAUCCAUAGACACAACUAAUUUGGUUGAGAACGAAGACAUCGAGGAAGCAACUGGAGAGUUCAAAGAAAUCAAGAAACUCCCCAAGAGUGAUCGACGAACUUACACUGAAUUCACCGAAACCAUUCAAAAAUACGUCAAUCCCAGUGGAUCUGUGUUUAACAAGGAGAACAAUGGUAUUGUAUUGGUUAACAAAUACACAGAUGAAGGAGUCAGCCCUAACGAUGACGGUGUAAGCAUCAGGUAUUACGGUGUGGAUGAGGAAGAUGAAGAUGCUCAGCCCCAUAUCGAUGUCUGUUACAAGAUUGUCGAAGUUAAGAGAUGUGAAGAAGGCGAAGAAGAGAUUGUUAUGGUCGUCGAGGAUGUUGUCACCGUUGACAAGGCUAACCCUGAUACCAACUAUGAAGGAGAUGAUCUCGAUAUUGGAAAACCAGACGGUUCUACUGACAGCGAGAAGCGAGUAAUCGUUAAAUUCAAUGUCGAUUCAUUUGAUACAGAAAAAUACGAAUUGAAGGAUAUCACAAGUGCCUGGAUUCAUGUGACCUUCAAAGAUUUCGUAGAGAAUGGAGGUAGAGAUGAGGCAUCAACGGAAAACAAAAUAGUUGUAACAGUGCUGACCACAUUGGAGGAAGGCACAGAUUUGGAUGAAAAGACAGCUACUUGGACUAACACUGGUAUGGACAACGUGGAUACUGACAAUGCUGAUGAGGUCGUCGGAACCGUCGUUAUUCCUCAGAAACAACCAGGAACUACACCAGUUGUGAUUACAAUCACAGACUUUGACGUUGAGAAGAUGAUCACAGAAUUCAAGGGUAUUGUUCUUACUGGGGUAGAAGAGAAAACAUCCCCUCACUCAAUACCUGAAUUCUUUGGCAAAGGACAAGAAGUGUUCCCUAAGCCAGCUCUUCACGUUUGUGUACCAAAGAUAAUAUCAACCACAUCCACGGCCACACCAACACAGACACAUACCCCGACCUUCACCACUGCCAGUACCACGCCUACUGAACCUCCAAUUAUCACCAAUUGUACCAUCCCCAAUGGUGGAGGCAGGAUUGUUAUCGAUCUAAAGGACUACAUCGUUAUCCAAGAAGAACCAAUGUCUCCAGAAAACGCUAACUACAUCCAGAUCGGUCAGACUAAGGAUAAGGGCGAGAAAGUAAUCCUCGUCUACUUUGAUCUUAAGAAGGCUGUUGAGGAGGGUGUGAUUGAGCAGUUCGGAGAGCCUCCAAGUGAAGGACAGGAGAAAUGGGACAUUGCUGUUACUGACUCUAGGAUGAACUUCAGGUUCACUCCAGUGGAUCUCGGAAAUGAUGACGUAUGGGAAGCAGGUCGACCUGAACUUUACCCACUAAAGAAGCUUUUGGACGAAGAUUCUUCAUGGGACUUCCCAUGGAUCGAGGGAGACAAUGGACCAGCAGCUGGUGUUGAUUACAUCAGUACCGUCUCCGCUCAAUUCACCCAUCUGAAGAAGAACCCUGAAACCGGAAGAUGGAUCCAGGCUAUUAGCACCACUAUCGCCCGAUACAUCUUCACCGAGCUCGACGACAUCAGGAUGAAGAACAACGGAUUCUUAAUGAGAUACGUGACGGAUUCUGGUAAACCUGCCACUCACUUCAUGUCCUUCGACUCUCCAGCUCUUGAAGAUCCCGAGUUCAGACCUUUCAUGGACAUCUGUUACAUUCCAUCUGAGAGACCAGUUGCUUGUGAAGAUGGAUACCUGGUCCGAUACGACCUUAACGCCGAUACCUACAUCGCAAGGGACCAUCUUGUUCACGGAGCAGAGGAACAUCUCUUUGUUGGAAAUUCAGGAUGGGCUGGCAAAUCAAGAGCUCUCGUUGACUUCGAUAUCACCACCUUCAACACUGACCUCACAGCUCUCUUCGAUGAUGCUGAGUCAGUUUACUUGAGACUUUGGUACGAAGGAGCAGAGCUCGCCAAACCUUACAAUGAUCCACGACAGAUGGAACGUAAACUCGCUGCCCACAAGAUUGUGAAGACUUGGAACGAGGCCUCUGCCACGAGCAAGAUAGCGUCUCAAUCUGGAGACAGCAAGAACAGGUGGGAAGAAGAAAUGAUGGGAGAGCUGAAUGACUACGAUCCAGAGGUUAUCGCUACUGAUAUCAUCUCUGAGGGAGAAGAUCAGCACAAUAUCUACUUCAACGUCACAAGCGUUUUCAAAGAGUGGAUGGAAGACAAAUCAACAGAUCACGGAAUUCUUAUCAAGGACAGCCAGCACGAAUCAGUUCCUGGAUACUUCCUGAAGUUUGCCUCUCUGAACCACAAAGAUCCAACCAUCAGACCUUACUUGAUGGUCUGUCAGAAGAAACCUGCCUGUGUGCCAGAAGACUUGCCUCCACAGAAGAUCUACAACCACGGUUGUGUCAGUACACAGAAUGUAACUCUCAACUUCUGCGAGGCUAAGAACGGUGCCUGUUCAGCAUCUGACGGCAGUGCGGUGGACUAUGAUUACUUCACGGGAGUCAGUGCUCUUUGGGAUGACUUCCACGUGCUGCGAACGUUCUGUAAGUGUUGCACAGAUGCAGAUGCUACCAAAAUAAUGGUACCGAUGGACUGCGCAGAUUCAACCAGUCAGACAGAUUAUGAUGAAGAGGUUUGGUACAUCACACAAUGCGAAUGUCAACGUUGUCAAACAGUAUCAAAGGAAAGAAAGAAGAGAGCCACUCCUAGCAAGACCCGACUGCUACUCAGGUCUGCUCUUAAAUCCAUGCUACGAAAGUAAACUCCCUUUAGAAUGACCGUUGGGCCCUCCAAAAAGUCGCGUGAAACCUCUGACCUCUCUGAUAUGAUGUGUUUUGUAAAAACUGACAAUUUGCUUUUAGAUUUGUUUUUAGACAAUAAAUAUAUUUAUCAUGAAUAAAGUGUUAUUUAUGUUAAAGUUAAAUAGAUGUUUCAUGCCUUUUUGAUUGCAAUGGUUCCUCUUGAUAGGACUAAUAAAAAUUCGACCCCUUUAUAA